AUGGGUUUUAUGGACGAGAUUAAGCAGCGCAACUUCAGCAUAUACGGACAAUGGAUGGGUAUCCUCGCUAUCCUGCUAUGUAUCGCUCUCGGAAUCGCCAACAUCUUCCACUUUGAUCUUAUCAUCUUAUGGUCGGUGAUCUGCUUAGUGACUGGUCUGUUCCUUAUCUUCCUCGAAAUCCCGCUGCUCCUCCGAAUAUGCCCAACUUCCAAGGCCUUCGAUACCUUUGUCCGAAAAUUCAGCUCCAACUACACGCGCGCCGCCGUGUAUCUUGUUCUUUCGAUAAUCCAAUGGACGAGUUUGAUCCGAUAUGCAACUAGCUUGAUCGCUGCUGCCGUCAUCCUGUUGCUUGCUGGUGCUUGCUAUGGAUUGGCUGGAUUGAAGAACCAGGAAUUCAUGAACAGCAAGACCUUGGGAGGUGGUGGUAUUGCGCAGAUGAUUGUUUAA